GGAUACAAGUUUGUUCAGAAAAUUGAAAAGCAGCGUAUCCGGAUACAUGGAGUGCGUAUCCGGUUCCAGAAUUUGAUUUUUUUUGAAACUCUUUGCAUGGCAGCCAUGGGAGGUUCCGGUAGCAGUCACCGGUUGGGGAGAGCUUCGUUGGUUGGGAAGUACCUUGAGGUUUUGGCCAAGGGGAAGACAUCUGAUGCAAUUGCUAAGCUCAUGAACUUGACACCUGAUACUGCUAUAUUGUUGACGUUGGAUAGUGAAGGAAAUGUUGUUGGUGAGGAGGAAAUUGAUAGCAGGUUGAUUCAGAAGAAUGAUGUUAUUAAGAUCAUUCCCAGUGCAAAAGUGGCUUCCGAUGGAUUGGUCAUUUGGGGUCAGAGCCACGUGAAUGAGAGCAUGAUAACAGGUGAGGCACGUCCUGUGGCAAAGAGGAAAGGGGAUACUGUUAUUGGAGGAACUAUGAAUGAAAAUGGAGUGGCAUGCACGAGACAAUUAUAA